CCUGCUCUUGGUCCCGGGCGCGGACAGCUCCGGCGGGCUGCAGCCAGUACCCGGGGGCUGGGGACACCAGGCUGGGAGUUUGGGCCUGCGGAAGCCAGAGAUGCCAGUUCCCGUCUGACAGCUCGUGAAGCUGCUUGGGCCAGAGAAGCAGGAAUGACCGGAAGGCAGUGUGGCUGUGGCAGUCUCCUGGGGCUGGGAGCUCAGGGCUGUGCGAAGGAGGAAGCCCCUAGGAAACCCGAGAGGCCCCUGUGGGGGAGCCCCCGGCGCACUGGUCUUUACAGCCUGCUGCUGCCCACACGAGGCCAGCCUUGCCUCAGCACCCGGCCCACCCUGCUGUCCUGCCUGAGGCUCAGUGAGGAGCGGGAGGCGUGGACGGGGGGGCGUGGAGAUGGGGCUUCUUUCCGACGUGGACUUGAAGGAAGCUGUGGGGUGUAGUGAAGAGGUGAGAUGGAGAACUGGAGUUCAUGAAAACAGCGUGUGACAGAUGUGAGCCCCAGCAGGGCGACUCCCCAGCACACGGUCCCCUGCAGGCAGGGUUAGUGAGUGGGGAGCAAGCUCACCUGGGCGCGCCACAGCCACCACGACCACCACGCUCACGCUGCCAGCCUCAGGUGGGGAGACGCCCCCAGGAAGGCCGCCUGUGCUCAGGAGGGGCUGAGCCUUUGGGAUGGGAAGAGCUGACGUGUGAGCCUCUCUGCGCCCAGGGAGGGGGUCCCGUGGCGAGACCCUGAAGGGCCUUGGCCUGCGCUGGGAACAGAAGCUCACGUGUGCACUUGGCCCUGGGCCGCAGAUGCACUGACCUCCCGCACAUGCAGUUUCAAAAAUGGCUUUUUAAACUUCAUUUACAGCUCCCCCAAAGGCAGAAACGGGCGGCCUAGGGCAGGGGAGGGCUAGUCACGGGGGCUGGCCGGCUGGCUGCCUGCACCGGGCGUGGAGGCCACUGUUCUGUGCAUGGCUGGCUCUGGUGAGUCUGCAGAGGUUAGAUGCAUGUGGUCCUGGGAAAUUUUCCAUCCUGGGUUAAUGCCUUCUUUAUGACAAACAAGAAAAUGCACACAGGCUGGGAGCGAGGCUGGGUCUCGGGCCAAGGGCAACACGUGAGCCGAGUGAAGGCUGUCACCUGUUCGGUCGCUGAGUGCAGGGUGAACGCAGUGUCAGGGCAGAGCUCUGGGCCUGGCCCUGGCUCAGCCGGGUGAGCCCGCGUCCUCGGGAGCUGCGCCGUGGCCCGGACAGCGGCUGUGGCGGGAACGCUUCUUGGAGACGUGCGCUCAGCGCCCGGGGUCGUGGCCGCCAGGCUCCUCCCAGGACACAGUUUUCUCUGGCAGCGUCCCUGGAGAGUGGGCCUUCUCUGGCUUGGCCAGCGCCCAGCGGUGGGGCAGCUCAGGGAGGUGCAGGGGCAGCGAGGCUGCGCACUGCUGUAGCAUCCUAGUUGUUUUGGGGACAAAGAGGACGAGGCCCCUGCUUCGUGGAGCUUGUGUUUUGGUUGAGAAGCCGGAAAGGAGCAAAUAGAUGCAAACAAACAUGGACGUGGGUCACGAGCAGCCUGGGGCUGUGCUGGAGCUGGGGGUCGGGGCGGCUUCUGUGCAGUGAAGAUGUUCGGGCUGAGACGGGAGUGGCAGGUGGGCCCCGAGAGCCUUCCUGGCAGAGUGGGGGUGGCAGCUGCAUCCCACGGGGCAGGCCAUGCGCUGAGAGCGCUGACGUCUGGACACGGUGAUGAGGUGUCCUGGGAGCGUGUGGGAUGCAGGGACAGGAGUGACAGGCCUGCACGCAGAUGCCUGUGGGUGGGCUCAGGGACCAUGGCUACAGGUGUUUGAGCAUCUGGAUGGUGUGCUGGGGCCCCGGCAAUGGGCAGGGAGGGCCAGGGGUGCAAUCGGGCCCAUUGUGGCAAGUUACAGUGCCCAUCAGAUGACCGAGGGGAGGCCCCCUGCCUGAGAGGGGCUCUGUCAGCAGGCGUUGGCAACAGCUCCCCCGGGAAGGCCACAGGGCCCUCUGUGCGCCAGCCUGCUAGCCCUCUCCCUCCCCCGUGUGCACUCUGCCGCUGUGUCUCGCCCUGAGACCACUGCCCUUCCGCCUGCUCCCCACCUUCUGAGCUCACUCAGUGCCUCUCCACCACCAGAGGAGCCUUCGGAGAUGCAACCCUGCGUGUCCAAGGUUUUCUUUUUUUCUUCAGUCUUCAUUCUUUUGGGAAAAUGUUUAUUUCAAAGAGCAAUAGAGAGUUGGGGAGAGAGACAGAAAGAUCUUAUAUUUGCUGGUUUACUUCCAAAGUGGCUACCGUGGCUGGGGCUGGGCCAGGCCAAAGCUGGGAGCCAAGAACUCCAUCUGGGUCUCCCGUGCAGGGGCCCAGGUACUUGGCCCGUCUUCCCCUGCCUUCCCAGGUGCGCGAGCACGGAGCUGGGCCGGAAGCCGAGGAACGAGGACUCAAACCAGGGCUGCAGUGUGGGAUGCUGCUACCUCAGGCGGUGGGUUUACCCGCUGCAGCACAACCUCGGCCCCACGUUUGCUCACAUGAACUUGUUACAUUACUCUGGGACAUUGCAGCACAUCUAGUGGUGUGUCUUACGAAGUUAAAAAGAAAAGUUAAUCCCUGAGACUUGGAGCGUAUUCAGAAGGGGAGAGUGACAUCACGGACCUUCAUGCACCUGCCAGCGUUCUGAAGUGAAUCCCUGGCGCCGUAGCAUUUAACCUUUACUGUUUCCUUUUCUUCAUUUUAUUAAUUUUUCCACUUUAACUUUUUUUUUUUUUUUUUGACAGGCAGAGUGGAUAGUGAGAGAGAGAGAGAGAGAGAGAAAGGUCUUCCUUUUGCUGUUGGUUCACCCUCCAAUGGCCGCUGCGGCCAGCGCAUUGUGCUAAUCCGAAGCCAGGAGCCAGGUGCUUCUCCUGGUCUCCCAUGCGGGUGCAGGGCCCAAGCACUUGGGCCAUCCUCCACUGCCUUUCCGGGCCAUAGCAGAGAGCUGGCCUGGAAGAGGGGCAAUCGGGAUAGAAUCCAGUGCCCCAACUGGGACUAGAACCCGGUGUGCCGGUGCCGCAAGGCAGAGGAUUAGCCUGUUAAGCCACGGCGCCAGCCCCACUUUAACUUUUUAAAAAUGUAUUUAUUUGAGAGGCAGAGUUACAGAUAGGGAGAAACAGAGAGGUCUUCCAUCCACUGGUUCACCGCCCCAAAUGGCCACAAUGGCUGCAGCUGAGCUGAUCCAAAGCCAGGAGAGCCAGGAGCUUCUUCCGGGUCUCCCACGGGGGCUUGCAGGGGCCCAAGGACUUAAGUCAUCUUCCACUUCCACUUCCCAGGCCAUAAGCAGAGAGCUGUAGUAGAAGAGGAGCAGCCAGGACGGAAACCGGUGCCCUUGUGGGGUGCCAGCACCGCAGGUGGAGGCUUAACCUACCACGCCACAGGGUGGCUCCUAAUUUUAAUUUUUAUAUAAAAGAUAUGUAGAGAUCUUUAUUCCCUGAAGCCAGGAGCCCAGAACUCCAUCUGGGUGUCCUGUGUGGGUGACAGGGACCCAAGUACUUGGGCCAUCACCUGCAAGGUGCCGUCCUGGACACGGAGUAGCCGGGAUUUGAGUCUGGGCACCUCGGUUUGGGGUGUGGGGGUUCUGACUGCUGCACCUGCCCUUAAAUGUCUCAUCCAGACCGACUCAGAGUGCAUGGUCACGGGGCCGUUGCCGACCGUGAAAGCGUGACAUUGCAUCAGCUCCGGUCGGCAUCCUGACUUCCCUCUCAGAUGACUUGUUUGUUCAACAAGAGCUGCUCAGGUGUCAACGGGCGCUUGUUCACAGAGUUCACGGGAGUGCCACACAUUGACUGACCGACCUGUUUCAGGUGUUUAACCUGUGGCACCCUCCUCCGUUCCUUGACCUUGGCAUUUAUGGCGGGGCUGGCCGCUGCGCUGGCCGCCUCCCCGGAGGCUGGGUGGUGCUGCGGACAGGAGCCCCCGUCCUGUUUGCGCUCCGUGUUUUGGCCUGCACGUGCAAUCAGAUUCAGGGUUGCUUUGCUGGGGGCUCUUGCCUGGUGCUGCCUGUACCAGGACCAGGAGGCACUGACUGGUGUCCCUGGCCCUUGGCGCUCAGUGCCUAGAUUAGGGACCGCACGUAGUGCGUUUCAAACCCGUGUUGCUUCCUCAGGUGGCAGCUGGCUACUGCUGUCUAAAGAGAACACUGUGGAACUGCUGAUUGCCGGCAGUGCUGUGUGGCCGUGUGAACUCACGCAUCUACACGCAAGUGGUGUGUAAUGUGCUGCAAGUAUUCUUUGCAGAUCCGUGUGUAGAACUGAGAUUUUCUUCAUAGGAGGUUGUCGGAGUUGUGACGAAGGCCAGAGAAGAGAGACUCUUCAGUAAGUGGGCUGAGUUGCCACCCGGGUGCGCCCAGUCUCCUAGUUAUGGUUCAGAACCCUCAACAGUGGGUGUAUGUGGACGGACAUGCCCGUGUCCUGGCGACAGGGCACUCGACUUCAUUUGUGCGUUGCCGUGCUUGCGGGCUGGGGGAUCUGCUUGGACUGCGCACGCACGUUGCCUCAUUGUUUGCUCCCCAUGGAUUUGGCCUGGUGCUCACUGUUCCUGCGCCUGGGUACACACAGAGCCCCCGGGCUUUGCAGAAGGACCUGAUGUUGGGACGAGAACUGCCCUGAGCUGGGUGUGCAAAGGUGGUGUGUGUCCCUGCAUCCCUCAGAGUUAAAAAGCACCUGGUGCCCCACUUUGAGCUCACUGGGGUGCUGCUGUGUGGUCCAUGCCCGACCCGUUUUCCCUGUCCUGGCCAUGUGUGUGCAUACCCAGUUGCCACCUCCCCGCGUGUGGGGCAGGCACGCAGCUCUCCCUGCCAAGGCGGGCUCUGCGUGGCCUUCACCACCCCUGAGCUGUCUGUUGUUUUCUUCACCCUUUUCAUGGCUUGGGUGUCAGUGAGCCGUUGUGUGCGCUUCUCCCUUCCUGUGUCUGUGACAGGUUUAAUUGAAAAGGAAGCCCCAGUUCCUCGGGGCCGAGGUAAACAGCCUGCCCUGACCCUAGAAGGGGUCAGCUUCCUGUGUGGCCACGGGCUAGUGGUGCCCGUUUCCCUGUCGGUGUGACCUUGAGGAGCGCUGAGCUUCCUCCUCCUCCCCGAUGCCAGGUCCUGUGUCUGGGCCUGGGCCCCAGCAUGGCAGCGUCCCCUGUGCUCACUGCCGGGCCUGGGCUCGGCUGUGGCUCACCGAGGCCGUGAGGCCACAGGCAGAGGGGCCAGUGCGGUUCUCCCCGCGAGCUUCCACCUCGCCAGUGUCGAAAAAGCCCUGAACAAGGCCUGCUGACCAGAGCUGCCCUUGCUGGCCUGGCGGGCGUCUGGGGGAAUGGGAGCAGUAUGGGGGUAGGCCUGUGAGACGGUAACUGGUCCCAGGGUGGAGGGACCAUGUCAGACAUGAGACAGCUGCUUUGCUUCACUCGAUCCCAGGAGGAAGGCAGGGGAGGCCUUGGUCUUGGCCCACUAGGAAGACUGAAGACAUGGGUGAAGGCACCGUGGGAAACCUGGACAGGCCCCUGGGCUACCCACCCAGUGGGACCAGGGAGGCCGAGUCCCAACUUGGCAGCUGGUGUGGAGGCAGGAGACCAAGGACUGCCCAGGGACUCCCAGCGGCCCACCAGAGACCCUCAGGGGCCGGACUGACACGAGCCGUGUGGUGCAGCUGGUUUUGAUCCCACGGGGGGCGGUGCUGCCCUGCAGGGGCGGUGCUGCCCUGCAGGGCUGCUCCUGCUCCUACGCCGGGACAGAACGCCCAAGUCGGAGGCAGACACCCCCGCGUCGAAUACGCCUUUGCCUGGUGUCCGCGGACUGGAGUUUGCGGAGGCUGUCCCAGCCUUGGGCACGGCCAGCAGGGGAGCGUCGGCAAUCAGAACUCCCUCCAAGGCCUGUGUGGGGGCUCCUGGCAGCCUGAGGAGCAGGCCGGUGAGUCUACCACGUGGACCCCUCAGGACAAGUGAGUAGGCCUGCGCCAGUGCCCAUGGCCAGAGCUGUCUGUCAGCAGCUUCUUAUAUAACAGGACUCUGCCGGUCUCCUUGGAGCUGGCUCACUCCCUACUGUUUUUCUUCUCCACCAUGGCUGCUUCCUGGCCAGCUGGGUGGUGGCCCUCGUCCUCUGACCUUGGCCCUCUGCUGACUGCUGCCACCCCCCCACCCCACGUACUCUGAAAGUCUCAAAUCCCAGUGUUGCCAGUGUCUUGUGCUAGGCUUCCUUGCCAAGGAGGGACCGGGCCUGGCCCUGGCAGUGCCCCCAUGGAUGGGUGGUGGGCUGAGGGAUGGCACCCCAGAGGCGGCCCUGUCCCCUCUGGAACCUCGGGUUAGCCUGCAUGCAGAUGUGGUUAAAAUAGGAAUGGCAAGAGGGGGCGCAACCUGGGCCAUCAGGAGGGUCCUGACUCAGGCGCGUUAGUCAGAGGGAGAGCGGACACUGACGAGGCCGUGGACACAGGUGGGAGUGAGGUGGCCAUAGCCAGGGAGCAUCAGAGACCAGGGAGCCCUGAAGAAUUGUCCCCUGGCCUUGCUGACACCUGAGGCAUAGCUUCCGGCCUCCAGGACUGAGCUGUGGUUUGCAGCCACGGAUUUGUAUUUGUUACAGCAGCCACAGAAAAGGGAUACAAAGGCCAAAGUUUCCAACAAGGACAGACCCGCACUCUGCUCUGUCCUUGAGCCCUCAUGACAGGGGCCUCCUGGACCUCAGCCGCCAGUCCUCCCAGCAGCAAAAGGAGAAAAAUUAACAUCAGAAUAUUCCAGAACUGGAGAAUUACUGCACUCUCAUUGUCUUGGCAUGAAGAACGCGAUGCUGACGGCGCUGCUGACCCUGGCCGGCCUGCUGCAGCUGGCCGGGUCUCUGAAGAUUGCAGCCUUCAACAUCCGGUCUUUUGGGGAGACCAAGAUGUCCAAUGCCACCCUCACCAGCUACAUCGUGCGGAUCCUGCAGCGCUACGACAUCGCCCUCGUCCAGGAGGUCAGAGACAGCCACCUGACGGCCGUGGGGAAACUGCUGGACAAGCUCAACGAGAAGGCACCGGACACCUACCGCUUUGUGGCCAGCGAGCCCCUGGGGCGCAGCACCUACAAGGAGCGGUACCUCUUCGUAUACAGGCCUGACCAGGUGUCUGUCCUGGACAGCUAUUACUACGAUGACGGCUGUGAGCCCUGUGGGACUGACACCUUCAGCCGAGAGCCAGCCAUUGUCAAGUUCUCCUCCCCGUUCACGAAGGUCCGGGAGUUCGCCAUCGUGCCCCUGCACGCAGCCCCCGAGGACGCAGUGGCGGAGAUCGAUGCUCUCUAUGACGUCUCCCUGGAUGUCCGGAAGAAGUGGGGCCUACAGGAUGUCAUGCUCAUGGGGGAUUUCAACGCGGACUGCAGCUACGUCACCUCCACCCAGUGGUCGUCCAUCCGCCUGCGCACGGACCCUGCCUUCAAGUGGCUGAUUCCUGACACUGCGGACACCACGGCCACCUCCACCAACUGUGCCUACGACAGAAUCGUGGUGGCCGGACCUCUGCUGCAGGACGCUGUUGUCCCCAACUCGGCCGCUCCUUUCAACUUCCAAGCUGCGUAUGGACUGAGCAACCAACUGGCCCAGGCCAUCAGCGACCACUACCCUGUGGAGGUGACGCUCGCCUGAGGCGGCGGCUCCCAGACCCCGCCCCCAGCAUCCCUGCCUCCC